CGGAGCGUGCGCCGCGAACUUGAUUUACAAGAGGCCGAUUAAAACAGUCGCCGAGUCAGGCCCCCUUUUACUCGCGGAAGCUGGAGCCGCACUGACUCUUUCGAUCUCAGUCAGUGGACCAGCGAAACACUAAAAAAAUCACCACCUUGGGUCCCCAAACUAUUUCCCAGUGUGAUCAUAAAAAAAAAAUUAAAAAAAAAAAAAUUACUAAAAUUGUCAUCUUAGUGCUUUUUUCAUCUUCAGUUUAUCUUUUCGGAAAAAUCAUCUCGGAAUCUGGAAUAAUCAUCUGGGAAGGAAUAAUCAAAACAAUUCAAGAAUCUUCAGGAGUCGAAGAAAUAUUCAGAAAUCAUCCAGGAAUCAACCCAGUGAUCAUUACAAAAAAAAAUCGCUAGUGAACCGUAACUUACUUCACCUAAAGACAAACUAAUUCUACAAUAGUCAAAGAAAUAUCCCACUAUAUUUAUACCCCCCACCACUUUAAAAACCGGAAGAUCAAAGUGUAAAAAGAUCUAGCCAAUCAGCCAAUCAAAUUUCCGGGGAAUUGUUUUUAUUAUUUUUCCUAUUAUUAUUAUUAUUAUUAUUAUUUGCCCUUGAAAAAGUAUAAAAGGAGUUGAAAUUUACUCAAACAAGAUGCCAACCAUCAGAUGGAUAGUAACGGGGUGUCAAAAUAUAACGGGGAGUGUUCGUUGUUCAAGUUUUUUGAGAUACCACACACCUAAUAUUGGUGUGAGAAAAUUUUCUGGAAUUACAAAUUCAAAUUUUCAUAAUUUUAAUAAAUGUACAAAAUACAUUUGUCAGCCAAUUAACAAGGUGACGAGGAACAAGAGGACAGUGGAUUUUUCAAUAUUUUCAAAAACCAGUAAAAUGCCUGCUUCAAUUGAUUCAUUUUAUCCACAAGUUACGAGUCUUUUGACGACACAUGCAGCAAAAAGUCCGUUAACAAAAAAUGAUUAUUACGAUCAAAUAGGAGGUGUACCAAUAAUAAGCCAUUUUAAUACUCCACUAUCACCGAAAGUAAGAUCCUAUAUUGAGGAAUGUGUAAAAUUGUGUCAACCGGAUGAUGUUUAUAUAUGUGAUGGAAGUGAAGCUGAAAAUAAUCAUUUGAUUAAUCUCCUAGUUAAAAAAGGGACAAUUGAAUCCUUGCCAAAAUAUUUCAACUGCUGGUUAGCAAGAACCAAUCCAGCUGAUGUUGCGCGAGUCGAGAGUCGUACCUUCAUUUGUACAAAUUCAAAAAAUGAGACCAUUCCCACGCCAAGGAAUGGAAUCAAGGGAACACUGGGAAAUUGGAUCUCACCAAACGAAAUGGAUGAUGCUGUAAUGGAUCGCUUUCCAGGAUGUAUGAAAGGACGCACGAUGUACGUGAUACCAUUUAGCAUGGGACCAGUUGGUUCGCCGCUAUCGAAAAUUGGCAUCGAAAUAACCGACUCGGCCUACGUUGUAUGCUCCAUGAGAAUAAUGACACGGAUGGGUUCCCAAGUUUUAGACUUUCUUGGCAAGGGGGAUUUUGUAAAGUGUCUUCAUUCAGUUGGAAUGCCAAAAUUAGAAUCCAAGGUCAAGGUGAAUCUCUCGUGGCCCUGCGAUCCUGAGAGGACAAUUAUUCUUCAUAAACCGGCGAAAAAUGAAAUUGUCUCCUAUGGAAGUGGAUACGGUGGUAAUUCAUUAUUGGGGAAAAAAUGUUUUGCACUUAGAAUUGGUUCCACUAUUGCCAGGGAUGAGGGUUGGCUUGCUGAACAUAUGCUGAUUCUUGGAAUAACAAAUCCAAAGGGCAAAAAACGAUAUAUUGCCGCUGCAUUUCCAAGUGCAUGUGGUAAGACAAAUUUAGCAAUGAUGCAACCAACACUACCUGGUUAUAAAAUCGAGUGCGUUGGUGAUGAUAUUGCCUGGAUGAGAUUUGACAAAAAAGGAGUACUUCGGGCAAUUAAUCCUGAAAAUGGAUUUUUUGGAGUUGCACCAGGUACAAGUAUGGCUACCAAUCCAAAUGCAAUGAAGACAAUUUUUCAAAAUACAAUAUUUACGAAUGUUGCCAAGACAAGUGAAGGUGGAGUUUUUUGGGAGGGAAUGGAAAAAGAAAUAUCAAAUGAUGUAGAGAUUACAGAUUGGCACAACAAUGAAUGGAAUUUCGAUGUCAAUUCACCGGCAGCACAUCCAAAUUCAAGAUUUUGCUCGCCAGCUAAUCAGUGUCCAAUAAUCGAUCCCAAUUGGGAGGAUCCAGAAGGUGUUCCUAUUGAUGCUAUUCUUUUCGGAGGACGUAGACCAGAAGGUGUUCCACUCGUUUACGAAGCACGUAAUUGGGAACAUGGCGUUUUUAUUGGAGCUACAAUGAGAUCAGAAGCUACCGCAGCUGCUGAAUUCAAGGGCAAAGUUAUAAUGAACGAUCCAUUUGCAAUGAGGCCAUUUUUUGGCUAUAAUUUUGGUCACUAUCUCAAGCAUUGGCUGAGUAUGGAAAAUGUGGAGAAUGCAAAAUUACCAAAAAUCUUUCACGUCAAUUGGUUUAGAAAAGAUGCAAAUGGAAAAUUCCUUUGGCCUGGUUUUGGUGAAAAUUCACGUGUACUUGAUUGGAUUUUAAGAAGGGUUGAGGGAGAAGAUAUUGCGAGAGAUUCAAUGAUUGGUCUAAUUCCAAAAUUAAAUUCAAUUAAUUUAGAUGGUAUUAAAGAGAAUGUCGAUAUGGAUGAAUUAUUUAGGUUACCAAAAGAUUUUUGGCAAAAGGAGGCUGUUAAUUUGAAAGAAUAUCUUGAUUCACAAGUUGGUGAUGAUCUUCCAAAACAAAUUAUAACACAAUUGGAUACGCUCAAAAAAAAUGUUGAUAAACUUUAAAAUUCUAUAUAAAUUUCUCCUUUAUUUGUAUAAUUUCAAAAAAAAAGUGUAUCAGUUUUCUUUGAGAGCUUUAAAAUAAAAUAAAAUAAAAAAAAAAUUACUUUCAAAAUUAAGGAAACUUGAUUCACUUUUUUUUAAAAAAAUAGAUAUUUAAUUGUUAUUGAAAAAAAAAAUUGUGAUGUAUAUAAAAUACAUAUACACGAUGUUUGUAUGACGUCCUGCAAAUGUGUACAUAGUAUUAUAUAAAAUAUAAUGUAUUUUUGUAAAUUGUACAUUCCAGCUAAAUUAAAAUGCAUUCCAUGUUCGUGUCACACAUCAGAUGUGUGGCGAUUUCUCAUUUUUACUUUGGAAGUAAUGUGUAAAAAGAAGAAGAAAAAAAAAGUAUACACACAUUAAGUAAUUACGUUCACUAAUAGUCAUUGUCACGCUUCUAUAGAAAAAAAAAAAAAAAAAAAAAAUGACAAAUAAAAAUAUGAUAUAAAUUUUAUCAAACUGA